GACAGAUGUAAGACACCGAUAUCCAGGCUACCUGCUGUAAGUUAGAGCAAAGCUGGAGACUGAAAAGCAGCAACAGCCUACAAGAGAAGAAGGAAAGAUGAGGGAGCGCAUCAACACCUUUGAGACAGUUCUGAAUUUAGAUCAUUUUCUGCUAUACGGUGAGUACAGAGAGCAGCUGGGAAACUUUGCCCGACGAGAGGCCGCCCGCCUUCUAACAGAGAGACAAUGCAGAAGACAAGCAGGAGAAAACUCCUCAGCCAGGGGCCGCCGAGGUCACGGCCGGCGGCAUCAUCCCCAUCUAAACCCUGCCAUUCUGGAGUCCCAUCAAAGCCCAGGUUCUUCCACCACGAAGCCUCAACCCUACUCCAAAUGCCAAGACUGUUUGGCUCGAGUGAGGCGGUACAUUGUGACCAAGAUGGGGGAGGACUGGAUUUUUUUGAUUCUUCUGGGUCUGACUAUGGCUCUGGUCAGCUGGAGCAUGGACUAUGCCAGUGCCAAGAGUCUACAAGCCUACAAAUGGAUAUAUGGGGAGCUUAAGAGCAAUGUGGCACUCCAGUACCUCGCCUGGGUUACAUAUCCCAUAAUCCUCAUCGUGUUUUCCUCGCUCUUCUGCCACCUGGUUUCCCCUCAGGCCAUCGGUUCUGGUAUCCCAGAGCUGAAAACCAUCCUGAGAGGUGUGGUCCUGAAGGAGUACCUGACCCUCAAAGCCUUCAUAGCUAAAGUCAUCGGUCUGACUGCUGCUCUUGGUAGCGGGAUGCCAGUGGGCAAAGAGGGUCCAUUUGUCCACAUUGCCAGUAUCUGUGCCGCAGUGCUGAGUCGAUUCAUGUCCAUCUUUUCUGGAGUGUAUGAGAAUGACAUCCAUAACAAGGACCUGCUGGUGUGUGCGUGUGCUGUGGGAGUGGCCACCUGUUUUGCUGCUCCUAUAGGAGGAGUGCUGUUCAGUAUUGAGGUCACGUCUACCUACUUCGCUGUGAGGAAUUACUGGCGGGGAUACUUUGCUGCCACAUUCAGUGCCUUCAUAUUCAGGGUUCUCUCUGUUUGGAACAAGGAUGCUGUCACAAUCACAGCUCUAUUUAAAACCAACUUCCGGAUGGAUUUCCCCUUUGACCUGCAGGAGUUACCAGCAUUUGCAAUCAUAGGGAUCUCAUGUGGGUUUUUGGGAGCAUUCUUUGUUUACUUAAACAGACAGGUGGUUCUCUUCAUGAGAAGACCAACGGCUCUCACACGUUUUCUAACCAAACACCGUUUGAUCUAUCCAGGUGCAGUGACGCUAAUCAUUUCAACCUUCACGUUUCCUCCUGGGUUUGGGCAGUUCAUGGCUGGAGAGCUGAUGCCCAGAGAGUGCAUCAACUCCCUUUUUGACAAUUUCACCUGGACCAAAAUCUCCGACUCGUCUGCGCCUCCUGGCCUUGGUCGCUCCGCUGCAUGGCUGCAUCCUCAUGUCAGCGUCUUUCUCAUCCUGCUCCUCUUCUUCAUUAUGAAGUUCUGGAUGUCAGCAGUUUCUACCACGAUGCCUAUCCCCUCUGGCGCCUUCAUGCCAGUGUUCAUUUUAGGAGCUGCUUUCGGCCGCCUCGUCGGGGAGAUCAUGGCCACUCUUUUCCCAAAUGGGAUACUAUUUGAUGGGAUAGUUUACCGCAUCCUGCCAGGAGGCUAUGCUGUCAUUGGAGCGGCUGCAAUGACAGGCGCCGUCACUCACACAGUUUCUACCGCGGUUAUCUGUUUUGAGUUGACUGGUCAAAUCUCCCACAUCUUACCCAUGAUGGUGGCGGUCAUCCUGGCCAACAUGGUGGCCCAGGGUCUGCAACCGUCUCUUUACGACUCCAUUAUCCAGGUGAAGAAGCUGCCCUACCUUCCUGAGCUGGCACUCGGGCACAUCAGCAAGUAUAACAUCUUUGUGGAGGAUAUAAUGGUGCGAAAAGUGAAAUUUUUGUCCUCCCAAUCCACUUUUCGGGAGUUAAACCAUCUGUUGGAGAGCACAGCCCUAAAAACCAUCCCGUUGGUUGACUCUAAAGAAUCCAUGAUCCUACUUGGCUCGAUUGAGAGGACGGAGCUUCAGGCCGUCUUAGACUGGUGGCUCUCUCCAGAAAGACGAGUCUUUGAAAGAGGUCCUAGCUCUCCAGGCCAAGGCUCCAAACUCAGCUGGGAGUCGUUCACUUUCGUAGAUGAGGAGGGAGAAGAAAGCAAUGACAAGACUGUAUCUCCUGUGCAAGAAGGAUGUAAUGGACCCAUCCCAUCCCCCUCCUCCAACGAGCCCUCCACCAACCACACAGGAUCAGACAAACGCAAGCUGUCAUCUGUCAGGAGAACUCUUCAGAGACUUUUCUCCUCAUCGUCUUCAUCCGACCAGCCUGAAACGCAGAAAGACAUGCCUCCUCCACUAACCGACACAAUGUCCCCUGAGGAGAUCAAAGCUUGGGAAGAGGAAGAACUGGACAAGCCAGUUGAUAUGGAGCAAAUACGCAUAGAUCCCUCCCCUUUUCAGCUGGUGGAAAGGACGUCACUGCACAAGACCCACACUCUGUUCUCCCUGCUGGGUCUCAGUCACGCCUACGUCACCAGCAUCGGGAAGCUGGUGGGAGUCGUGGCGCUCAAAGAGUUACAGAAGGCCAUCGAGGGCUCUACUCGCAGCGGUGUGAGGCUUCGUCCCCCUCUGGCCAGCUUCAGAGAUGCCAGCAGAAAAACAAAGAAGCACCAGCCUCCCUCCUCCACCGCCUCCUCACCCACACGGGACAGAGACAUGUGGGGAGAGGGGAGCAGAAGAGAGAGUGAGCUGCUGAGGAGGGAGUCCAGGGAGGAUUCCCAGGGAAAGACUGUAUCUCUUAGAGGAGCUGCGGGGUCUGAAACAGUCCCCUCAUCUCCUAGCAGUGCGGGAAGCACCAGUGGAAGCUCCACCAAUUCAAGAGGAGCUGAAGGAGUGUCUCAGGGGGAUCCGUCCCCUUCAACAUCCACCUCCUCCCCUUCUCCUCCUGUUUCCCCAGUGUCACACACAAGCCAGGUCCUGACACUGUCCUCCCUGCAGGAGGAGAGGGAGAGUGAAGAGUCGGAUGAACAAGUAUAAGAGGACUGGAUGAAAUGAUGACAGACCUUUACUUGUUUAGUCAUUUUACUUUUCUUCAUCAGAGACAGAGCCGCAGUCUGAACAAAGUCGGGAUUCAGGAUUCCUGCAGCCCUUAAUGACUCUCAGCCACCAGGGCGAACUGGUUUAUACGAGCCUAUCUUGAACUAUUUAGUCCUGGAUAGUUUUUAUUUUGUUCUAUUUUCACAGAAAUCUCACUUUUUCCACUUCUGAAUCUCAGGUGCCUUCCUGUUUCCUCACACAAAUCACCAAUGUUUCGCCUCCAACCAUAAUCAGAGGUGAAUGGCUGAACGUUGUUUGUAUCCAAAUCUGUUCACUUCAUUAUGUACAUGUGAGCUGCUGACCGCUAUGAACUGUGCAAUAUUGAAGUAAUACUAUGUACCUAUUAACAAAUAAAUUAAUUUGGCCGAAAGGUCAAAUAGAUCAUGCAUUUAAAGUUUACUGAAUCAAAAAGCUAUUUAAAAAUCUAAAUUAAUUUAUUCAUAUAUUUCCUGUAUGGUUAUUUAAAUCAUUGUUACAAGUUUCU